AUGGACGCCGCCGAACCGCCGCCGUCACCGUCACCGUCGCCGUCACGUUACAAACCCCCCUCCACACUCUUCAAAGACAUCUCCAAUUUCAAAACCCCAAAACGCCCCUCCCGAAUCUCCGAAUUCCACUCCCCUUGCCCCCAAUUCUUCACCGCCGCCAAACAAACCCCCCGGACAAACUCGUCAUUUCGCCGCCGCCCUCCGCCGUCCUCCGCCCGCACCAACGCCGUCCGCAAACUCAAGGCCGUGGAGCUCGAGCAGUCACAGUCCUCGCGCAAGGUCCAAAUCCGGAAGGAGCAGUCUCUGAAGUCUCUCGAGAAAUCUCUCACCGUCUGGCUCAAUUUCCUCUUCGAAAACCCUAGAUCCUGCGGCUGUAACUUUCCGGUCGAUGAGGAUCACGGCCAAACGCUCCGGAAGGGGAAGAGGGACAGCGGCUCCGGCGUCCAGGUCCGGGUCGACGCGGCGUGGAGGGAUCCGAAGCGGCAGAGAGACUCGUCAUGGAGAGGUGAGGAUUCCGAAGGUGCGGUUGCGUUUUCGAUCUCCAAGUACUCGAAAUUGCAGAGUUCUUUGAAGCUUUUGUGUAGUUUCGAUGAUUUGAUUCUGCGAAUGCGGUUUCAUUUGAGCCUGGGGAGUUGCCAGGAGGUUUUCGACUCGAUGAUUCAAGUCGUCAAGAAUAUUGAUGAAGGGAGGUUAAAGAUGAAGGUGCAUUGCCCUUUAGUGACCGAUGUUGGACUGAGAAAGAAGGCCACUAAAGUUCUUUUGAGUUAUAACCCAAUCUGGCUUCGAAUUGGACUGUACAUUAUAUUCGGUGGCGAUUCUUUGUUGUCUGACCGAGAUGUUAACUCUGAUGAGGAAGUCGCGUUUUUGAAGAUGAUCAUUGAGAAGCAACUGUUUGCACACGCUGGUCUAGCAAAAGAGUAUGCUUAUAACAAAAAGGUUGAGGGUCUUUACCGACCGGGUUAUUAUGAAGCUUUGGGAAAUGUCAUAUUGAAGAGGUUUCUGUUGCUUGUUAUUAUCCUGGAUAGAGCUAAAUCUCAGAGCUGUCUUUCUCUUAAAUAUGGUCUUGAUGGAGUGGAUGGGGGUUCUCCUUUAUUGUUUACGGUACAGUCUAGUAUCAAAUCAAGUCAACAGGUGAUCCAUGAUUUUCUCUCAUCUGAUAUCAUGCUUGGAGAAGGUAACGUCUCAGCGCAUCUGGUGAUUCUCGGAUAUAAAGUAUCUCAUCAGCAGUCUCCGAUCGUGGAUUUUGACUUUCGAGUUACAGAUUUGUUUGCUGAUCUUCAAGAUGGGUUGCACCUCUGUAGAGCUAUUCAACUUUUGCAGGAUGACUCCUCUAUCUUAAUGAAAAUGGUUGUUCCAUCAGAUACACAUAAAAAGCACCUGUCAAAUUGUGGCACUGCCCUGCAGUAUCUUAAGGAGGCUGGUGUUGUUUUACACGAUGAUGGAUUGAUGAUUGUGGAAGAUGAUAUUGCUAAUGGGGACAAGGAACUUACCAUUUCCUUGCUUUGGAAUAUGUUUGUUCAUUUGCAGCUACCUCUUUUGGUCAAGAAAACAACAUUAGCUGAUGAAAUAUGCAAAAUCCGGGGAACUAUGGAUAGCUUUAUGGAUGUUGAUUCUGCUCCACUGGAAAUGCUUUUAAGUUGGAUUCAGGCCAUUUGUGAAAUUUAUGAUUGCAAGAUCGACAGUUUUUCUUCAUUGGUAGAUGGAAAAGCCGUAUGGUGCUUGCUGGAUUAUCACUUCCGUAAGCAACUUUGUUGUGCCUGGUCAUCGAAGGUGCUCUAUAUUUUUUCUUCGGAAGAAUCAAUCAUGUUAGCCAGUGAAUAUUCAGAUGCCGUGCACAAUUUCUUAUUAUCACAGAAAUUGAUGUCGCUAUUGGGAAACUUUCCAGAGGUUCUGCAAAUAAGUGACAUUCUUGAGUAUAAUGGCGUCCCUAAUGAUCGUAGUGUGGUAAUCCUGUUGGCAUUCCUUUCAUCUCAACUGAUUGGGAAGAAAAACAUGGAUCAGAUAAACUUUCAUAAACUAUUAGGCUGUGAUUGUCAAAGUUCAGAGCGAAUAUGCUCAGUAAGACCUGAACCAACACAGAUACAAGAAGAAACAUAUGUUCAGCAUACUGAAGGUUCUGUAAGAAACUUUAAGGCUAUCCAGGCUUGGUGGCAAGAUAUGGCUGAAAAGAACCGUAAACUUCCAAAACCAUCAGCUCCUACUUUACAAAACUUCUCUACAAACAAAGAUGAAAUUAACAUUUCAAGAGUAAAUGCUGCAAAAAGGAUACGGUCAGUGUUACUAAUCCAACAAGCUGUAAGAAAUUGGAUGAUGCGAAGACGUCAGGAUAGAAGUAUGCUGACUCAUGAUGCACACAGACAUCAGGAUAGAAGUAUGCUGACUCAUGAUGCACACAUUCAUGAUCUAGUAAAUGCUGCUAUUGUUGUCCAAAGAUAUACUCGUGGGUGGCUUGCAAGAUCAAGAUGCAUUCAUGGAGGCCCUCUGAUUCAUAAAUCGUUAAGUAUGUUUCAGGAAAAUGGUGCAAAAAGGAUACCGUCAGUAUUACUUAUCCAACAAGCUGCAAGAAAUUGGAUCAUGCGAAGACAUCAGGAUAGAAGUAUGAUAACUCAUGAUGCACGUAUCCACGAUCAAGUAAAUGCAGCUAUUGUUGUUCAAAGAUAUACUCGUGGGUGGCUUGGAAGAUCAAGAUGUAAUCUAGGGGGCCCUCUCAUUCAUAAAUCCUCAAGUAUGUUUCAGGAAAAUGGUGCACUAGAUGUUCGAACAUGGGCAGCAGUUAAAAUCCAACUUGCUUGGAAUUAUUAUGUCUGUCACACUCUUCACAAAAAGCACUUUGCUGCUAUUAAAAUACAAAGUCAUUUUUGUAGUUGGCUAUUGAGAAGGAGGUUUCACAUUCAAAGGCAAGCAACAAUAAAAGUCCAAAGUGCUUUGCGUAUGUUAAAAUGUUGGAAGGCUUAUCAGCAAUACAAAGUUGCAACUAAAUCAGCCACUACCAUUCAAUCUUAUGUACGUGGAUGGGCUGCCCGAAGAGAAGCUAACAUACGUAGGCAUCUCAUCGUUACUAUCCAAAGAUACUGCCAUGGUUGGUUGAGAAGGAGGCAUUUCUUACAUCAAAGAAAAGCUGUAGUGAAGAUCCAAAGCACUAUUCGGUGCCUGCUAUACCGUCAGGCAUUCCAAUGUCUUAGACAUGCUGCAGUGGAAAUUCAACGGAUAGUCAGGGGGGAAAUUUGUCGAAGUAAUCUCUUAGGUUCUUCGUGUCUACACCCUGUCAUCCCCCACGGUUGUCUUUCAAAGACCACGAGUGCCUUUUAUAGUAGUUUCGAACUAAAUAUAGUGUUUUGCUCUGUGUUGAAAUUGCAAAGGUGGUGGAGGAGUGUCCUAUCUUUAAAACUAAGAACAAAGUCUGCAGUACUUAUUCAGUCUCGUAUUCGAGAAUGGUUAGCCAGGCAAAAGGCUUCUAGAGAGAAGCAUUGUAGUGUUGUGAUACAAUCACACUGGAGAGGUUACCAGGCACGAAAAAAAGAGUCAAGGGAACAGCUCAAGGAUAUACGCUUGAGAGUGCAGAAGUCUUCUACUAGUGUGGACGAUAGCAUGCGUAUUAUCAACAGACUUGUUGCUGCACUUUCAGAACUACUAAGAAUGAAAAGUCUCAGCAACAUUCUUCAUACUUGUGCCACUUUGGAUAUGGCUACAAGGUAUUCUCAGAAAUGUUGUGAAAGACUCGUGGAUGCUGGAGCUAUCAAGACCUUGCUGAAGCUUAUUCACUCAGGCAGCCGAAGCAUACCUGAUCAGGAGGUUCUAAAGCAUGCACUGUCAACUCUAAGAAACCUUGCUCGCUAUCCACACUUGGUUGAAGUACUAACUGACUGUGAGGGGUCUGUAGAAACUAUUCUUUGGGAGUUGCUAAGGAACAAGGAGGAAGGUUACUUCAUUGCAUCUGAACUUUUGAAGAAGAUAUGUUCUAGUCCUAAAGGUGCUGAAGCUGUACGCAAGUCACCUGCCCAUUUAAAGAGACUGCGCAGUCUUGUGGAGGAACUAAGUAGGAAAUCAUGCAAUGAGAAGAGGAAUGCUCGACUCGCAAAUGCUCGAGAGAAUACAGAGAGGAGACUGAAGGAGGCUACUGUGAUUCUGAAAAUGGCAACAGAAAACUAG